GACACUAUUAAUUGGGAGAAUAUUUUUCAAAUUCAAGAUGGACACUUACUCUUAAGGAUAGAGAUUUUAAAUCUAGAGGGUAUACAUCAGUUGCAGGGUCCCAUCCAAGUUGCAAGCCUUCCUUGUCUUAAAAACUUAAAAGUGUCAAAUUGUAAUGAGCUGAAAUCUCUCUUCUCUUCUCUACUUGCUCGAAAUUUGCCGCAAUUGAAAAUUUUGAAUAUAGAGUAUUGUGAGAAGCUGGAAGAAAUCAUUGAAAUGGACCAAACUUCAAUAGCAUCAUCAUCACAGGGUCAUCUCCAAACUAUAUCCUUCCCUAGUCUUCAAGACAUACGGAUUUCUGGGUGCAGCAAUUUGAAAAGCUUGUUUCCUAUUAGUGUCACCCCUUCUUUCGCCAACCUCGUGAGCAUCGAAAUUACAGGGCCUUCUAAACUAGAGCAAGUCUUUGGGUAUCAAGGUGAACUAGACAUUGAAGACGAUCAAAAGGGAAUAGUGCUCCCUCAAUUAAGAGAAGUGACUCUUUUUGAGCUAUCAGACCUAAAGAGUUUUGCUCCAACUGGUUGUCAUUUCCGAUUCCCUUCUAUGUGGUCGUUUAAAAUAACCAAAUCUCCCAAGCUGACCACAAGUGUCAUCAUGGAUUCAAAACAUCCUGUGCCUGCCAUAACAGAGGAACCCCAACAAGUUCAGAAUAAUACAACAGAAGGUUUCACCACAAUGGAAGAAAUAGUUGAUAAUCAAACCACUUACAAUGAUAUAAUUUGGAGCAUUUGGGAAGAUCAAGUACCACAAUAUAUGACUGUGGGAGAAACAAGGAUAACGUUACACAAGGAAGUGAAAAAUUCAGGAGAAACUUGUUAGCUAAGCAGGUGAUUGAUACUUGAUUGUGCUCAUCAUCAUUUGAGCUUUCUGUUUUAUGGUGCCGUCAACUGAUUGGAUCUCUGCUUUUUCAGCUUUACUUUGCAGUGAAGAAGUAAUUUACUCUAUGUUGCAUUGCAUUUGCUUGUUUGAUAUUGUGAAAUAAAGCCAUAUUUAGCCAUUCAUUUAAGACAAACUUCAUGUAUUUUUUUUUUUUUUAAUAUUUGGACUCGAACUCAAGCUUGCAUAUCUCAUAAAUCCUCUUCUUAUCACUUGGCCAAGAGAUUGGUGGCAAAAUUCAUUUACUCUUUAAGAAACAUGUUUUUUUUGUGUUCAGUUUAGUUUGCUGGUUCUUUAUUAGUUGCUUGUAGCAGCUUGAAUGGAUGAGUAAUACAUAGUUAUGUCUACUUGCAUGUCAUAGAUAGUUUUCUAUGCUUGUUUUUAUUGUGGUGA